GUGUCCUUAGUGCCGCCGGGCAGCGCGGGGCGCUCACCGAGCGCCGUCCCCUCCGCCCCACCGCCCAGCCCACGGACGUGCUAUGGCUACGUCUAUCCUCGGGGAAGAGCCGAGAUUUGGAACGACUCCCCUGGCCAUGCUGGCCGCCACCUGCAACAAGAUCGGCAACACUAGUCCCCUGACCACCCUGCCCGAGUCUAGCGCCUUCGCCAAAGGGGGCUUCCACCCCUGGAAACGCUCCACCUCCAGCUGCAACCUGGGCUCCAGCCUCUCGGGCUUCACGGUGGCCACGAGCAGGGGUUCCAACGGACUGGCCAGUGGCACGGGCACCGCCAACAGCGCCUUUUGCCUGGCUUCCACCUCGCCCACUUCCUCGGCCUUCAGCAGCGACUACGGCGGCCUCUUCUCCAACUCGGCGGCGGCGGCGGGCGUGUCCCCGCAGGAGCCCGGCGGGCAGUCGGCCUUCAUCUCCAAAGUGCACAGCUCGGCGGCCGAGAGCCUCUACCCGCGGGUGGGCAUGGCGCACCCCUACGAGUCCUGGUACAAGUCGGGCUUCCACUCCACGCUCUCGGCGGGCGAGGUGGCCAACGGAGCGGCCUCCUCCUGGUGGGACGUGCACACCAACCCCGGCUCCUGGCUUGAGGUGCAGAACCCGGCGGGGGGGCUGCAGAGCUCGCUGCACUCGGGCGCCCCCCAGGCCUCGUUGCACUCCCAACUGGGCACCUACAACCCCGACUUCAGCUCCCUCACCCACUCCGCCUUCAGCUCCACCGGCCUGGGCUCCACGGCCGCUUCGCACCUGCUCUCCACCAGCCAGCACCUGCUCACCCAGGAGGGCUUCAAGCCCGUGCUGCCCUCCUACACGGACUCUAGCGCGGCGGUGGCGGCGGCCAGCGCCAUGAUCUCGGGCGCCGCCGCCGCCGCCGGGGGCGGCUCGGCCCGCUCCGCCCGCCGCUACUCGGGGCGCGCCACCUGCGACUGCCCCAACUGCCAGGAGGCCGAGCGGCUGGGGCCGGCGGGGGCCAGCCUGCGGCGCAAGGGGCUGCACAGCUGCCACAUCCCCGGCUGCGGCAAGGUGUACGGCAAGACUUCGCACCUGAAGGCGCACCUGCGCUGGCACACGGGCGAGCGGCCCUUCGUCUGCAACUGGCUCUUCUGCGGGAAGCGCUUCACCCGCUCCGACGAGCUGCAGCGGCACCUGCGGACUCACACGGGCGAGAAGCGCUUCGCCUGUCCCGUCUGCAACAAGCGCUUCAUGCGCAGCGACCACCUGAGCAAACACAUCAAAACGCACAACGGGGGCGGCGGGGGCAAAAAGGGCAGCGACAGCGACACGGACGCCAGCAACCUGGAAACGCCGCGCUCCGAGUCCCCCGACCUCAUCCUGCACGAGGGGGUGGGCGCCGCCCGCGGACCGGGCAAGGAACCUACCGCGGGCCCCGGCGACUCCUAG